AUGAAAUGCAGUAAGCCUGCUUUAUUGAAAACGUUGCAUAGUUUUCUGAGCAUCUGCUGGAGGAAAGACACGUUUCCUCAGGAUAUUCACAAUGCCAAAAUAAUUUUGCUCUUCAUAAAAAAAAAGGGCGGCUGCAAUAGCUGUAAUAUCUACCGAAGUGUCUCCCUGUUAAGCAUCUUUUUCUCUUUCUUUGUCUCAGCCCUUUUUCUCUUUGUUCUAGCCCUUUUUUCUUUUGUCUCUAAUUUCUUUUCUCUUUUCUCUAGCCCUUUUCUCUUUUUCUCUACCUUUUCUCUUUCUCUUCUUUUUAUUUUUCUUGAUUUCUUCCUGUUUUUUUGUUUGCUUUUAAUUUCCUCUUCGUGUUUUUUUCUCUUUGUUCUGCUGCAAGUUCUUUUUUUUUUUUUUUUUCUUUUUACAAGCUACAUUUCUUUUUCUCACUUUUUUUUUUUGUUUUCUAUUUUAUCUCUUUUCUUUCACAUUCUGGUUUUUUAUUUUUUUCUUUUUAGUGUUUCUUUCCUUUAUACUUUUGCUCUCCUUUUUCUUCUUUUUUUCCCAUUUUCAUCUCUCUCACUUUCCUUUCUUUUUCUCUUUUUAAUUUCUUUUUUUUUUUUUCACCACUAG